AUCCGUCCAUGUGUGUUCUUGUGAAUCAAUCCCCUCAUGCAAUAUCCAAUGCCCCUCAUCUUGAUUGACACUAGGCAGUCCAUGUGAUCUGUCUCCUGGUCUUCUCUGCCAGCUGCUGCACAGACGGAUUCACAUGGUCUUCCAGCGCCCUAACCGAUGAGACACAAUCUUGGAGCAUCCGACGCGCCUGCAGCACGCCACCCACACAGAGAGACAACAAGAAGAAAAAAGAGCCAUCUGUUCUUUGGCUGCUGUCCUGUGGCUGUCUCUCUUGGGGCUUACGAGAGGGUCUUCAGCAACGAGCGACAGUGUGUGCAGCACAUUGAGGAGCAGCAGGUGCGAGUCCUCGGUGAUGAGGGCCUGCUUGAGCAGCACCAGCCCUGUCCCGCUGCCCUUCUCGCCCGCCUCCUCGUCCACAACCUUACCAAACGACGUCACCAACAUGUCACGCACCUGCACACACACAUUCGUAUCUCUACCAGCAUGUGUCUCUCCGUCUGCAUACCUGACCUGAUAUUUGCCUUGUCUUCUGAGGCAGAGGCUGCCGAGCAGCCGCCAUGAGUCAGCCCGCACUUGCCAGGACCACAGGGGACAGUCCCGUGACGGCACACUCUCCUGCAGACAGACAGAUAUUCCAUCCACCACAGCGGGGUCAGAGGGAGAGGGAAAGGAAAUCGGUGGGCGCCUUUGCUUACGUCUGAUGGAGGGGCUUCAUCAACCCGUUGUUGGGUGAGGAUCUGCAGCAGGCUCGCAAUGCAGUCAGCUGCAAGCAACCUGCGGGAGAAAUGGAGACACAGCCAAAUGCAUUCCCAACAAUCCAACACGUGUGUCUCUGCCCACACACACACCGGUCUUUGUUGAUAUCGAGAAUGGUCAUGGCAAAGAGCAGGUCCAGCACGGCCAACGUCUUGUCCUCAAUCAGCCCCUCAAUCUCAUGCCCAUUCUCAUUCCUCAACGCGAUCAACGGGUUCAGCAGACCCAUCACGCUUUCCCCCGGGUGCCCCAGCGUCUCCCUCUGCCCAGCGGAACACCGCUUCACACACGCAGCAAGAGUCGCAAUGAGCAGGCAGUCCACUCGGUUCUGCUGCACCAGCUCUGGAGACGGACAGGAAGAGGCCGCCCCCUGCCCCGGCUUAAGUGCGCUGUCGCCACAUGUGUAUGCGAAGAGGGUGUCGACGUACUUGCAGGCCGUCAGCUGCGCGGCCCCUGGAGGCGUCUUGGACAGGUUGUGCAGCGUCAAGCUGAGGGCCUGCUUCAGCCUUAGCGAGGUCUCCUUCUGCAGCAGGUUGGUGAGUACCUCCAACAGCUCGGGGCACUCCUCCGCCAGGAUCUUGUCACGGCCAAAUGCGUCGUUGGUCACCCAGCGAAGGCAUUCGAGCGUCAAUGUCCGGAUCUCCAGAUCGUCGCUCCUCAGCAACCUGUUGAACAGCCCCAGGAUGCCCGCCUUGUGCGCCUCCACGACCUCUUCGCCGAUCUUCAGCGCCUCCCUCAGCUGGCGCAAGCACUUCGUGGUCAGAACGAGAUCACCGCUCUGCGCUGUGAGUUUCUUGUACAGCUCGUCGGCCUGCCAGUUGCCGUAGGCGAUAGUCAGCGUCGAUUGCGGGAAGGGCUUGGGGUUGGCGGCCACAUAGCCGAAACGGCUCCAUGGCGGGAUGUUGGGACGUGUCUGGAACAUAAAAUCCUCCAUGAUGAUUGUUAGAUGGAGUGGUUUGGGAGGGAAAGUCACUUCAGAC